UCCCAGGAAAUCAAACGAUGCUUUGGUUUUAGUGAAGGAGGAGGAAAUCUGAUACAAGCUCUAGUGAUUUGCUUUAUAACCUCUUCUCAGGUUUUUCAGAAGAUGUGGUUUAAUCUGCAGGGAGAUGUUUGAAUGUGAAAGCAAGGCUUGGGAAUAUUUGUUUGGCUUUAAUCUCUUCUUUUGUUCAAGAAGCAUUGUCCUUAGAUAUUUAAAUGUUUCUCAGCACCUUUCUUAAAGACAUAAUUGGAAGUAUCUUUCUUAAACAUGCAUCCUUGAAUCUUGAGGAAUGGAGCUUUUCCUUUUAAUCUAGUCAAGGAGUUGGACUUCAGUGGUCCUCAAGGGUCCCUUCCAGCUCAGGGUUUUCUAUGGUUAAUCCAAUGUACGUUGAUUCAACAUUGCUUUUAUUUUCAGGAUAAACUGAAAAGCUCAGGGCAAUUGAUCUUCAACAGCCCUGAUGCUCUCAUCUGGGGUGGAGUCUGUCCUUGAUUCUUCUGCUUUAAUAGAGGAAUUGUACACGGGACUGCCAGAGAGCAUCUCCACAGACCUCAUGGCAGUGCCGGGGCCCAGCCUUGGGUUAGAUGCGCAGUCUGAUGGGCCAGUACCCGUGCUGGCUCACAGGGAUGGGCCAUGGACUUCUGCCGUGGGGAACUUUUGCCAGAAGACAAAGGAUUUGGGUGAUGUGCUCCAGGUGAUUUCUCAUGGGCCAGCAGAAUCAUGUCCUGAAGGAUUACUAUGGGCUGGAGACCUCAUGGAGAAAGAAAAAAGCAGAAAAAGACACUCUGGGAAACUAGCCUGUUCUAGUGAUGGAUACCAGAAAGAAGAUGAAGAGGCACAAGCUGCUGAGGACCACUCUGCUGAAUGUUGUCCUUUAACUCUGGGGGAAAGUUGGUCAGAACAAGAGGACCCUCACUUAAACCAGCAAGGGGCAAAGUCUUUGAGAACCUGUUGCACUGAAAUUGCAGGAUCUCUGAGGAACACAGAAGAAAACCAAGCAAAUGUUCAGGUGACAGCUGAAACUCUGCCAAAGCUCACUGAAGAAGUACAAGGUAUGAAGGCUGAUGGGACUAGGAUAUUUAGUAAAGCAGGAUACAGUAAUGACCGAGUGAGUAAAGGUCUUCCACCUGAGAGCGAUCAAUACCCAGACAUAGACACAGUCAUGGCCAGAGCUGGGGUUUCAGAAACCAGCAUCUUAGGUUUUCUAAAGCCUUUAAAAGUUACGGACAUUGGAGCAGCUGCAGAUCAUCCACAAGAAACAAGUGACUAUAGUGGGUCAAAAGCUCGUGCUGCUGUACCGUUGAGAACAGGGGGGAAUGGUGUCUCUGUUUUGGAGAUUAGAGAAGAAAAGUUACCCAGACAAAAUCCUCUUCAUGAAUUCAGUACAUCAUUUGCUAAUUGGCAGACUUGUCAGCAGGAUGAAGAAAAUUAUUUCUUUAAGGGUCCUGUACCUGAACAAAAUGAACCUCAUGAGUUGUUCCCAGCAGAAAGCUGUAGAACACUCUCCACACAAAGUUCUGAAGUUUUAUGUCCGGUUCUUAAAAGCAUCUGUUAUCUGGACUUUGGAAACAUGCCACUAGAAAGCAGUUCUGCAGUUCGUGGAAUUAUCAAUGAAACCCCCCAGAAGUACCUUCCCCAAAACAUCAAACAUCUUUAUGAUCGCGGAACUGGGUUUUUAGAAAACCAAACCUCCACAUCUGUACCAGUAGAGCAGAUCUCAGUAGUAACAAACAAAGGAUUAUCUAGUGCUGAUCCUACGGAAUUAAAUGCUACUAUUGGAAAAUCAUACAGCUCUGAAUCUGAAGAGGCUGCUGAAGUCUGGAGAAAAAUUGCUGCAGCAGAUAACACUGAAAUUUGUAGAUGGCAUGAAGCUCAAGAGGCUGCUAUUUUGGAGCAUUGUCAUCCUCCAGUUUUUAGUUCUGUUGCUUCAUCUCCUGAGGAGGUCUCGAAAGAAAAAUUUAAAAUAUCCCCAUCAGAAGGCGAAAAGUUGAAAAAGGACCAGUGGCAAUUCUCUGUCAGUGACCCAUGCAAGAAGGAUAUAAAAGAAAAUCGUUUGUGGGUGGAAACGAGUAACAUUGCUUCCCAUGGAACUGGGCAGAGAGACAUAUGCUUUUAUAGUACUGCCAGUAAAAUUCCUCUCAGUAACCACAGCUGUCUUGAUCUUGGUACCAAGCUGGAAAAAGACUCACCCAGGGCACAACUGCUUGAAAAGGAAUCUGAGAGCAAUACAACAUCAGAAGAGUUGGCUGACGGUUUAGCUGGAGCUGCAGAAGCUGCUAGUAGUGACAGCUUAUCCACUGGGAACAAAACAAAUUUGUUUUUUACACUAAAUGUAACUCUACCUCCUGUUUUACAAAAAUCAAGAGAACCUCAUUAUAAUGAGUGUCUUCCUUGUACUGCUAGUGAAGUUUCAUGCAGGGAUAAGGCUUGGGAUAAUCUGUCUAGAAGAGAAUUAAUUGGUGCUUCUGGAGCAAUAGUGGAACAAGUUGCUGAAGUUUUGCUUCAUAAAGACAAAUUCAAGUCUUCUGUAAAUGCCAUUACUUUUGAUAACCCUAAUACAGCAAGCAGAGUAUCCCAAAUGAACAUAAAAUCUUCUGCAGGAAAUACGGAGAGAGUGGUCACUGGUUUAGGAAAUGAACACUGUCACACAUGGAUUUGUAAUAAUCAGAGUAUAAAGAAACAGGGUACAGCUGCCAGUACUUCCUGUAUUUUAUCAGGGAGUACACGUGUGGAUGAAGUUUUCCUGAACAGACAUUCUUUUGGUGUUGAAGUUGAUAAGAUUGAAGAAAAUGAUAAUUUGGAAGGAGACUCUUCAUCAAGAUAUAACAGUAGAGAGGCAGUCAUCUUUCCAGAAGCACAUGCCACUUUGGCACAUGGAUCUCUUCUUUGUGAAAAUGACUGGGGCAACAGAGGUAUAGCUUUGCAUGGGAUAAAUGAUAUUACCACAGGAAAAACCAUGUUUUGCUCAGCUUCUACUGCUACUUUGGCAAGAGAUGAGAUUUCAAAUAAGGAUAGGGAGGUUGUGGAACAAUUUGAUCUUUGUAGAGUGAUGGGCAGCAAAAUUGUUUGUGACAGAGAUGAGGCAAAAGAACACACUGGCAUGCAUGCUUCCCAGACAGAUGAAUUUGAUAAAACAAGAGCUGUGGAUUCCCCAAAUGCUCCUGAAGGCAAUCAGAGAAGUAAGACUAGUCAACAGCUAUUAGUCAGAUAUUUGAACAAAAACACUUGUGCUUACAGUUUUGGAUUUUACAACUCUCUGUUAGGCCCAUGGAAGAGAGAAGUCAGCACAUGUGAGCAGGAACAAAUGCCAUUGCUCACAUCUGAUCCCUCUGGGUGCAGCACUUCAACCUGUGAUCCACACCCAGCACUGGCCAACGUGAAGGUUCCAACACAACAUGCUGGCCAAACAGAAGAGACCCUUUGUCCAAUGGGAAAAGAGUUUCAUCCACGCCAGAGUGAGUCUGAUGUCCCAGUGCUGGGCAGUGAGCAGCAUUCAGAAAGUUUAACCAACCAACCAAACACUGGCUUACAAACCAUGGGUGGUUUUGUGGGAAGAGAUGAAACUGAUCCUAAUCACAGUGAAGAGGUUUUGCUAGAAACAGGUGGUGACCUGCUUCUGUUAGACCAUAAAUUUACAAGAGAAGCCAGGUUUGAAGGAGCUCUGCAAGAGAAUGUAAUGGGUUUGGGCUCUUUAAUUGGUAUGAAAAAUGAAGAUUCUUCAGGAUACCUGGACUCCAUCAAUGAUCUAAUUGAAGAGAAGACAAUCAGACUACAAGAACGUGAGAACAGAUGUGAAAGAAACAAUAAAAGAAUUCUUAAAGGAAACUUUUCUGAUGACAAACCACAUUUCUCACAGCAGGCUCAUUUUAUCAAACAUGCAAAAGAGAAACCAGAGCUGGUGUUUGCAGGAACCAAAACGCAGCAAUCUUUGCCAAGGAUGAAGUGGAUGGUGGAGAACCAGGAAAAUACAAUUAGUGCUCAAUUUCUGCCCAUUUCAUCAAUUCACGGGAGUCUUUCAUGCAAGCCAGAAAAUAGGAAUGUGCUUUCAGAUACAGAAAACAGAGAAAGUUUGAGUAUAAAUCCUAUCUUAAAUAAUUCUCACCCACAGUUAACCUUUGAGCCUGGUAAAGAAACUGAUGCUCAGAGGGGCAUUGGUCCAUCUCAUUUUGGAAAGUUUGACAUCCAAGAGUCUUGUGUUGAGACUCAGGCAAUUUCAGAAACUGUGUCAGCUCUGAACUCCCAUAUAUCUCUGCCUGAGAAAGAAAAGCUGUGUAUGUCACCUGAGAGUACACAAAGACAUAACAGUGAUUCAUCUUCAGCUGAAGUUUUUAGCAAAGAUACUUCAGUGACAAAAAUUCUUUCUGUAACAAUUUCUGUUAAGAAAAAAUCCAGCAAUAUUGCAGUUCCAUCUUCAGGGAAUGAAUCAGCAGCUGGCUGUCUCUGUGGUGCCAAAAGCUCAAGAGUUUGUGCCCACAGCAAAGAAAGUCUGGAAGGUGAGGGACUUUGCACCCCAGUCGUGAAAGACAUGGACAUGAGCUCACCAAAAAGUUCUCCUGGUGAAGAGAAGUGUAAAAAUACAGAUAAGCCGGAAAGUAUAAAUGUGCUUUCAGAUCCAGAAAACAGAGAAAGACUGAGUAUAUCUGCUAUCUUAAAUAACUCUUGCCCACAGUUACCUUUUGAGCCUGGUAAAGAAACUGAUGAUCAAAGGGGUAUUCAUGCAUCCCAUUCUGAAAAGUCUGACAUCCAAGAGUCUUGUGUUGAGACUCAGGCAAUUUCAGAAACUGUGUCAGCUCUGAACUCUCAUGUAUCUCUGCCUGAGAAAGAAAAGCUGUGUAUGUCACCUGAGAGUACACAAAGAGAUACUUCAUCUUUGGACAAAAAAAUUAGCAAAGAUACUUCAAUUACAAAAAUUCUUUCUGUAACAAUUUCUGUUAAGAAAAAAUCCAGCAAUAUUGCAGUUCCAUCUUCAGGGAAUGAAUCAGCAGCUGGCUGUCUCUGUGGUGCCAAAAGCUCAAGAGUUUGUGCCCACAGCAAAGAAAGUCUGGAAGGUGAGGGACUUUGCACCCCAGUCAUGAAAGCCAUGGACAUGAGCUCACCAAAAGGUUCUCCUGGUGAAGAGAAAUGUAAGAAUACCUGUGUAGAAGAGAAGAUGGGAAAAGAGGUAGCCCCUACAGGAAAAUUGCCCAAAUAUUGUUCAUGGGCCUUCUUGGAAGAUUCUGAAGAGUCUGGUAGUGAAACAGUCCCCGUCAGGACUGAGAAUUAUGGAAAGGUUUUGGAAGCAAUCCCGAGAUCUAAACUAAAUAAUCUUUCUAAAGAAAAAGAAAGACAGAAGGGUGCAAAGCUCCCAAACUUAGCUGGUACCAGUGUGCUUUCAGAAACUGUGCAUGGUUGUCAGGCUGGAGCUGUAUCUGACACAGAGGCUGCCCCAGAAGUGCAGGAUGAUACAACGCCCACAUUUUCUCCACCUCUGAGCACACUAUCAGACAGUUGCAAAGAACCAUCCCCAAGCUGUGUGGUUUGCAGUGAAGCGUGUGUGCCUUACAAAUUAAAUGCACGAAGCAAAGAUAAUGUCAAGGAGGUAACAGAAGGCCAGGACAAAGUACCAACUCACACAGUUUGCAAGGAAAAUGGGGCUUUAGGUUCAGAAAGACUUGAUCAAAUAAAGGAAUGUCAAGUACUUAAACAACGGAAGUUUGGAAAGAUGGAAGUACAUCAGUUGGGCAAGGCACAACAAGAACAGAAGUUAGAACGUCAGAAGAAAGCAAAAAUCAUACUGCAGCCAAGUAUGUUGCACAGUUCUAAACUCUUGUGCAGCUCUUCAGCUGAGUUGAUGACAUCUACAAAUAAAAAGUUUGGAGGUGCUUCAGAGGAGAUCUGUGCUGUAAAAGCCAGUGGAAGUAAACUAUGUAGCACUUUAGAAGAAGUUAAAAGGCCAAAGACUACCACAGAUUUUAUUAGUUCACAGUGUUUGAAGUCUCAGGAUUCAGAAAUGGAAAACCCGAACCUUAAUUUAGGGUAUGAUGGGAUCCCUGGUGCCUUUGGAACUACAAAUAAACGAAGAGGAACUAUAAAUAAACUAAGAGGACCUCUUCCAUUAAAAAUACAACCUGGAAGAACGUGCAAAAAAGUUCCCACAUUGUAUCAGCUAAAAACUGUAAGAAAAAUGAAGAAAAUUAGAAGUUCAUCUUUCUCUGAGAUUCCCCUGGAAAUAUUCCCUAAACAGGAAAACAUGCUUCUGGAGUCUUUGUACUUUCCAUGUAAACCACCAACAGUGGGAAAGGAAAUGGCUGUGAGUUUUGUACAUAUGUCAAGGCAGAGGGCCAAAAGGUGCAGUUUGUUGAACAGCUUGAAAUUUAGAAAAUGUACCAAAGAACCAGCAUUGUUGAGCAAGUUGUCUGCAGUGGCCAGUAAGCUCCUGGCCCCUGCCAAAAGCAGCCAUAACUUAGAACGUCUGCCAUAUUCUUCUGAAAUUCUUCCAGUGGGUGACAGGUACAGCCAAUGUAGAUCUAAAAAUCUCUUGGAAGCCUUUUCUUGCAUUAACAGGAAUGUACACUCACGCUGGGCUGGCAGCUGCUGCACCAAGAUGUUCAGCUUUCAGCCUUUGGCACUUUAUCCUGCAGAAACUACCAAAAUACUUUCUUCAGACUUAAGCCACAAGCCUCCAACCUCUUUGUUGGACACCUCAGUUUUCCCAAUUUCUUUUCACAUAAAAUUGGACUCCAGUCCUGUGACAGACCUCAGAGAGAUUACAUCCCAGCACUCAGUACAUCACAGCCCAGUUUUCAGAGAAACGCCAGCACCAGCUUCAAAGUGGACUUUUCUCCUGUCUCAGAGCUGUUCAGAUGCAACAGCUUUCAAGGAAGAUUCGAUUGUAAAUAAUGAGCUUCAUUCCUCUCACUCCACGCCAGCCCCCAGGACUGUUGCUGUUCAACCUGAACCUGGAAGAAACACUGUAGCUGGAAGAAGAGGAGGUUGUUCCAUGCAUGGCCUUCACACAGUGUUAGCACUUUCUUCCUCUGGAUGUUACAGGAUUUGGACAAGAAGGAGAAACUUAACCAGUCAUAUUCCUACCAUCCAGAGACUAUUUAUAUCGCAGUUGGCACAGGGUUUGAAAGGGGACAGGUACCCAAGGUGUCUAUCUGAUGACCUCGUCUCCUCAUUGCCAUACUCACUGGGCAGGGUUUUGUCCAUGUGGAGUCAGCAUGGUCCUUCUGCCCGUCCUGAAAUCACUCCUCUCCAUUCCCAUCACUGCAAGUGGCAGCCAAGUGUGGGCUUCGAGAACAGCUGUGCCAUGUUGCCACACUUACCUGUGCAGAGUAUGGGAGCACUGCAGACUGCAGGCCAUGCCAUACGCCUGGAAACUUCAUUCCCUGUUCCGUUACCAAAGCCUUGUGCACUUCCAGAGUCACUGCCAUCUCCUCCCAGGCUUUCAGCAUCUGAGCUCCAGAUCCCUGUCCUUGAUGAAGCAGAUGCUUCUGUUCCAGCUUGUCUGAGAUCCCAAGAUGACACAGAACUGAAAAAAACGGAGGCAGAAAAGAGGCCAAAGAAAGUCUCACAGAUAAGAAUCAGGAAAACUGUUCCUAAGCCAGACCCUAACCUUACUCCAAUGGGACUACCCAAACCAAAAAGGCUUAAGAAGAAAGAAUUUAGUUUAGAAGAAAUUUACACAAACAAGAACUAUAAGUCCCCUCCUCCUGCCAGGAGCUUGGAAACAAUCUUUGAAGAGCCCAAGGAGAAAAAUGGACACUUGAUUUCUGUCAGCCAGCAAAAGAGAAAGCGGAUUCUAGAGUUUCAGGACUUUACUCUUCCCCGGAAAAGGAAGACACGAGGCAAAAUCAAAGCAGUGGGUAGUUGCACCCGAGCAAAAAGAGCUGCACUGCAGAGUGCAGAGUUAGAUGUUCUUCUGAGUCAGAAGCUAAUGGACCUUGAAGCCUUUUUUGCAGAGGAGGUUGAGCAGGAGCAGGCCUCCAGCAUCUGAGGGAGCCACUUAGCUGGAAGUGGUCCAGUCAGCUUCUUUAGUAUUUUCUUCUUGGGAGAAAUCUACUGACUUCUUCAUACCUGACUCUGCCACUCUGUUCUAACAUCUGAUAAUCAGUUUUUGGCUGUGACCCUCUUUAAGGUGCUAUUUUUUUCUUUUUACAUGCUGUUGGAGGGAUUCUUCUAAGUCCCUGUUUGAGUGUAACACAGCCACGUGAAGUUUACCCUUCUUUCUAAACCUCUGGAAAUUAAUGCUUAUAUUUAAUUAAUUAUGUUUAAAUGUCUUUUGGGGGUAUUGUAGAAGUGUCAAGGAAGAAGUAGUGCACCUUCAGUGAUGCUAGAACUCUGUACUCCAGAUCGUUUGCACAUUUGAGUCUGCUGUUGUUACUGUAAUGGCUAUUUUUAACAAGCUGAUAAGAGAGAUGGUGUUAGAUAAAGAAAAAUUCUAGGAAACACAUUCUUGAUAUACCACUAACCUUUUGAUAAUUAAAAGUAUCUGUUUAGGUUUGCAUUCAGUUGUUUCUUGCUUCUGUUAACUUAGAAGGUUCCUUCGCCCUUCCUGGUUCCAGGCAGCAGAAACCUCACAUAAUUAGACUAAAUAACUUGCACUUUGUAUAUGUUUCUUUUAACGUGAUUGAACUCAAAAAAGGUAAUGUAUUAAAGAAAAAUGGAGCCCAGUACUAUUUUUUUCCCGAAUAGCAGAUUUUUUACUUAAUUGGCUGAUGCCAAUCUCUUCUCCAGAGGAGAAAGUAAUUGGUCCAUGAGGAUGUUAAACUGCAGGACACACAGGUAGAGAUUUUUAACUGAGCUGAGCUGCUACAUGCAGGGAACACCAGCAGAAUCUUUGAUACUUGUUUUAAAGUUAUUUUAAUUCCAUUCAUACUAACUUGAUUUUAACGUCAAAAAGAAGGGUUUUUUUUACCAUUUUAGAUUUACAAUUCCUGUAGCUCAUAAUUAGAUAUUCUCUGUACAGCACUCCUGUACAUAAUAGCCAGUGUUGUACAAAGAGCCUCCAAGUACGUGGACAUUGUUUUCAUUAUGUAAGGCCAUACGUAAUUAUCUGAUGCAACACUGGGCAAUUUCUCAGCUCUACCAUUGGAAGGAAGAGAGCUCCCUUCUGGCAUAACUUCUGUUAAACUUAACUUGAAGCAUAAUUCCAAUGCUAGCUGCAGUUCAGGUAAUUUCUGUCCCUUAGUGCCUAGAGAAGUUAUUCAGGCAAAGCUGUCAUUGCUGGGAUGCUCAAAUUUAAUUAGUCUGUUCUUUCUUUCACUUGUCACUUGAACUUGCACUUUCUUAUUUAUCUACCCAUAAAAAAGAGUUUCUAUUAACCUUCAAAUUGAGCAAGUAUCUAGUGGGUGGGUAUUUUUAUUUAAGUCCCAAUAAAUGCAGGACUGGAAAUACCAUCACUAUCUUCUGUUCUCUACCACUUCUGCUACUGACCAAACAGAAAACUAAAUGUUAAUAAGCAAUCUGUUGAAUUUCAGAGCUUUGAGAGUAGAGAAAUGGAAGAGGAUUAUUGCACUGUGUGUGCCUGAGUCUUGAAAGAAAUCUAAUCUGGGUUUGUUUUGCUCCUAGAUUAUGUGCUGGGAUUUGUAAAAGUUUAUAUUCUUGUUUUGAGAGCUAAUUAUCUUUAAUCAGGAAGACUGAAGGAAAGAGAGGAGUGCACACUUAGAGUAGUAGUGUUUGGAGUUUGAGGGUAAAAUAACAAGGCAAACUUUGAACAUAUUGACAUAGUAUUUUUCUGGUUAACCUGUUAGGCUAUUGUAGAACAUUCUAAUUGAUCCUCUUUAUUUUUGUAAAAAGAAAUCCCUAAAAAACAAAGGUCAAAUGCCUCCUAAAAAAUGUUUGAAAGUUUCCCUGUGCUGGCUUAUUAGCCUAAUUAUUGACAAGUUGAAAGUGGGAGCAAGAGUGAGAGAUAUAUUUUUAUGGAUUUAUGCUAUAGAAUGGGAUUGUUACAGAGCAUUCAUUCACUCUCUAUUAAUAUGGGAGGCUUCAGUGCUGUGACACAAGUAAGCUGUAACCUUACUGGGGCUUUCAAGAAAAUAAGACUAGGGUUGGGGGGAAGAGACCUGGGUCCAGAAAAAGUUCAGACCUCUAAUGUGCUGCAAAACAUGGAAUGUGUUGAGUCUUUUCCUUAGGGUUAUGUUGGAUCUUGUUUGCUUUCUUUAGGGUGGGUUUUUUAAAUUUUCUUCCCUGGUCUCUCUUGUUUCUGACUGCAUUGAAAUAAAAUUUUUUAACUUUUUUUCUACAAACUACAGCAGAGAGAGCAGAGCAAAGAUAACACUCAAAUUCUCUUCAGUUUACACUAAUUGGAGGAGUUACAAAAUGAGAUUGCAGUUGUCUAGUUUCUCCCAGACCUUAGUUUGUGGAAACCCAAAUACACAGCAUUAUUCUCUUUUGGUUUAGUGUUUGUAUGACAACAUAAGCUAAUAGAGACCAAGCAUCUCUUCUCCCCUCCAGCAUACAGGUGUCAGUCCAGCUUGUGCACUUUUUUGUAUUUUCCUUUCCCACCUCUGCUCCUGUUUACAGCAGUCAUGGAACAGCCAUGUUCCUUGUGGCUGCUGCUUGCACACUGGGAGUGAUGACUAGGCAAAAGCUGGGCAUUUGCCAUUCUGAGCUGCUUCUGUCACAGCUAAUUGAAAAAAAAAAAAAUGUGUAGAGGAUUCAUCUUUUGGGGUCCUGCAUACAUCCCUAGCAGGAGGAUAUGUACACUUGCCUUUCCAUUAAGCAAACUCACUCCAGUGAGGAUGUUUUUGUAUCACCAUGAAAAGUACAUCACAGACUGAUGACUAGAGUAGCUUGAGAAGGAUUGCAAAGCGUUGGCUAUGUCCUCUCUCUUAGUAGUAAGUUUUGUAGAGCCAGGCAGCUCUUUGCUAAUUUUGCUAAUUGUCUGAGAUAGAAAGAUCACUUUCAAAAAAAAAAAAAGAAAAAAAAAAUCAUUGUUUUCAUCAUGCUAUGGCUGGAGCAGCUAAGGCUCCUUAAUGUUUGGUACAGCAUUUGCCUGGGUGUCUGCAUACAUUUGAGUUCUGGUGCUUGCUGGAUAUAAUUUCCUGCAAGCAGUUCUCAUUCAUUGUAUUUUAUUUCAGGUGGGCCUUUGGUAUAUUAUGUUCCAGGUGCUUUUCUAGAGUAUGGAUUGUAACUGUGGAUUAAAAGUCCAUAUGAUGCUAUCAAGUUAACAUAUAGCUCAAUGAGAAUUUGUACACUUGUGCCAUUAGCCUCCAUCAUGCUCUUGGCAUUUUGUUUCUGUUCAAUAUUGUGUGAAUCUAAAAUUUUACUGUUUCUUUUGUGUGUGUUUUUAAUUUAUGGAAAUAAAAUUUUCUGAGAACUUU